CGUUUCAGCCUGCGGAGGCGCGCGGGUCUCGGGAGGGCGAUUUCGGGUCUUGCUGCGGCAUCUCGGUGGUGCAUCGAGCGAGGCCGGCGUCGCGAUGCGGGAGAGGCGAGCUGCUCAGCCGGUGGUGGCCAGGUGCAAGCUGGUGCUGGUGGGGGAUGUGCACUGUGGGAAGACGGCGAUGCUGCAGGUGCUGGCCAAAGACUGCUACCCGGAGACCUACGUGCCCACGGUUUUUGAGAACUACACGGCAUGCCUAGAGACCGAGGAGCAGCGGGUGGAGCUCAGUCUAUGGGAUACAUCUGGAUCUCCCUACUAUGACAAUGUGCGCCCUCUUUGUUACAGUGACUCAGAUGCUGUCCUGCUGUGCUUUGAUGUCAGCCGCCCUGAAACCAUGGAUAGUGCUCUGAAGAAGUGGAAGACAGAAAUUUUAGACUACUGCCCAAGCACCCGUGUGUUGUUGAUCGGCUGCAAGACAGACUUACGCACUGACCUCAGCACCCUGAUGGAGCUGUCCCAUCAGAAGCAAGCCCCUGUAUCUUAUGAACAGGGUUGUGCUGUAGCCAGGCAGCUUGGAGCAGAGACCUAUCUGGAGUGUUCAGCGUUCACAUCGGAGAAGAGUGUGCACAGCAUCUUUCGGACAGCGGCAUCUAGCUGCCUCAGCAAGGCCGGUCCCCAGCCUCCUAAGAGCCCAGCCCGAAGCUUUCCCAAGAGACUCCUCCGCUUGCCCAGCCGGUCUGAGCUCAUCUCUUCCACUUUCAAGAAGGAGAAAGCAAAAAGCUGCUCUGUCAUGUGAAGGGCCUACCCGCUUCUGGGAGCAGAGGGUAGUGGUGGUGGUAGAACAACUAUGGACUUCAGGCCUUCUGGUUGACCCUUCUGGGGUGGGGAGGGGGGCUGCCUGGUUCCCAUGGGCCAGGCCUGGAGAAUCCAGAAAGAUCCAAUCCCCGCUUCACCACCACCACCCCGGCUUCAGCAGGCCUGUCCGUCCCUUCCACAUUGCAAAUGCUUUCCCACCAUGCAGCUGCAGUGUGUACUUCCAGAUAGACACGAGGGGGGAAUCCGAGCUUGGUCGAAUGGUGAGGGUGAAGGCUGGCCCCAGGCACGGCCUGCUCUGGAAGGCCCUGGAGGGAUGACGUUGCACCAUCUUGGACAGUAGUGGCUCCAGUGGCUAUUCCACAUGCUUGAGGGUUUCAAAGGUAUCCUCCCCUUCCGACACACAGUUAAUAAUCUCCCAUUGGCCCUGAUCCCCUUCUCCAUCUGCUGCUUGUCUCAUUUGCCUGUCUGAAGCAGGCUGAUUGCAAUUACCUUUCCCACCCCUCCCUUUGGGUACCCUUCCUUUUAGCUCCUCUUGAGCAGAGGUGUCUGUGUGUCCUCCUUUUCUCCCUUGGGAGAUGAUGGGUGGUAACAGGAGGAGGGAGUGACUGUUUUAUAGACAUUGUCUCUUUGUGUGUGGAAGAAAUAUGGGGAGGGGAGGGGUGGGGAAAUCUGUUAAAUGUUCAGUGUUAUUAAAAGGAAAAAACUUAUUUAUUAAUGAAAAAUAUAAGAUUAAUAGCCUCGUUCAAGGGGAUUUCUUAUUUGUCAUUAUCACUCUUGGACUUUCCCAGUUGUAGGUGGAAGAAAGGGGCUUAAAGAUGCCAGAUCAAGAUGAACCUUGGAUUUCCCACCACCAUCUUUAAGAGACCUGGCCUCUGUUCAAAAAUAUUUAGAGAGGCCGUCAUUCAGUGUCUUUACCGAAUGACAUUCGGUGUCAUUCGGUAUGCUUCGGUAUGCACAAGUCCUCAAGUUCGAUGCUUGGCUUUUCUGAUUAAACAAUUCUAUGGAGUGGAACUUGUGAAGAUAUCUACCUGAGGCUUUGCAGAAGGCCUGCCAGCAUUACGGUUCUAGAUAGGGCAGCUUUGUGUGUUCCUAUCCAAACCUUUUGUUGCCUUCUUGAUUUGAGCCAGCAGGACGGUUUCUGAGGCUUGGCCAUAGCAAGCCUCCCUAAAUCAAACUGAAAAGCUAGACUCCUUUCUUGUAAAUCUGCUUCUCUUCCGUCACAAAUGGCUCAUCCAGGACUAGGUCUGUCUAAGUGUUAGUUGGCUAGCUAAGCAUUUAUUUAUGCUACAGAUUGGUUCUAAUACGGUACACAAGGGAGGUAAGGAAUCUUGAAACCUGAGGUGGAUGUCACUGUUGGUUGUUCAGCCUGGUUGCUCAAGUGCUUGGGAAAAAAUAUUUUGCCCAUGCCACAGCAUUCUUGCCUUCCAAGUACCUUUGUGCCUUCCUGCCACAUGAGAGUGGGAGAAGGGUAUGGUGAAGACAUAGCUUUAGUGUGUGAGAGGUGACAGUCACCUCUGGCUUCCCAGGUAGCCCUUCCAAGAGUGCCAAUUAGCUUGAGCUGCAUAUGCCCACUGAUGGGGCAUGUGUGUUGCCAGAUCUAAUCGCUCUUUAGUCUGUUGAAUCCCUGUUUACUGGUGGCUAUUGCAGCAAUUCAGUGGAUGGCUUCUUUGGCAGUGUCCAUUGUCUGUUCCAACUUAAUUUCAGCAAGGCUAACCUUUUAGGAUGUGUGCAUGCACAGGAAUGUGGCCUGAUCAGUGGCUUUCAAACAUUCUGGUUUCACUUGGACAUUUCUGUUAUAGAAUUCCUGUUAUAGUGAAUUCUGGGGCAUAUAGUGAAUUAUGGUGCACAUUUGAUUCAUAUAACGAGGCUGAUUGGACAUCAUUUCUGCCCUAGUAGUAAGACACCCUAGAAUGUAUCCCUGCCAUUGGAAGAUCAGUAACGUUGGGUAUGCUGCCUUCUGAUGAAACUUUUCUACUACUACUAGACCUGAUUAGGGGUCCAGAAACAGUUUUACUCUAUUGGCCAGCUAAGGUCCCAAUAUGAUUAGGUCUAGCAAAGCAAAGUUCACCUGGUAGUGAUGCAGAAAAUAGAACAAUUGCCAGAUAUUGGUUGCUGGUCACGUCUAUCAGCAAAACAGUUUCUCUAGCCAGAAAUGAAGACCUAUUGCCCUGUAAGCAGGCGUAAAAAGGAACUCCUUAGCUAGAUUUUACUCUUUGGGUUUUACCAUAAGUUGAGAAAUGUUGGAUAAUGAUCAUGGCUGUCACUAGGUUGAGGAGGUGGUUGUGGUCUAGGCAUCAGUUUCUGAAACAAUAGCUGUCAGCUUGAAUGAUGACUUUCAUGACAUUAAAAGGUACCACUCUUUCCUUCUAGCAACCACUGUAUAAAUGAACCAUCACUCUGUAUACAGGUAGAACAUGUCUUCCAGCUUAGAUAAGCAUUUUUAAUGGUAUAGGGAACAGUCAUGAACAGCCCUAAACUUCUGGCUCCUUCUGUCCACAAUUGUGCUACAUCACAUUUUACUAAAUACAUUAAGGAUUCUAACAACGAUCAUCCAAUUUUAAGUGGGGUGGAGUGCCUUUUACAAAGAGGCAUUAUCAAACAAUGUUACUGCUACACUUGGCCAAAGGAACAUCUGGUUUUGCCAGUGAAAUAAUUGAUGAAACCUAACAACUUGCUGACCCUACUGCUGGGAUAUAACUACUCAGUGUAAGUGCAUUUUUCUUCUUUUACAGUCAUUGACACGUCAGUUCUGUUGUCUUAAUUACAUAGCAAUGAUUGUGUUGCAAAGUUGGCUUUCAUUUAAGUGUUCAGAGCCAGUGCUAGCUUUCAGAUAAUUCUAGCUUUUCUAAUAAAAGAUAGACAAUUCCUAGUCGUCAUGAUUAUGAAGAUAAAAUCAAGAUGUCUGCUACGCUAUGUUUUAGUGGCUGGAAUCUCACUCUUACAGCUCUUUCCUCCACCUCAAAGACUGAGCCUGUAUCCUCCUUUUACUAUAAAGUUCAUUUCUUCCCCUUCUGACACUACACUAAUUCUGCAAAAAGGGCCGUAUAUAACCAAUGGAGGUAUAGUUCAAUAAGUUGUCACUUUGAUAGAUGCUCGGAGUUGUACCUGUUAAAUAAAAAUGGGUUGCCUUUGAUAAAAUCACCUAAUACUUACUUAAUAUGUAAUUGACACUUUAUCCUGUUUAUAGCUUAAAUUUUACUGAAUAAUCUUCCUCUGCUGGUGAUUGAAUCCUGGUUUGUGUGGCGCUUCUGUAAGCAUUCUGAGUUUUU